ACAAGCAAAUUAAUAGUAUCUCAUGUCUGCUGCAACCUGAAAGAUUAAAACAUUCCGCGAUUCUGUUAAAAACUACCGCCAACUUUUCUUCUCUGUUUUCCGCCUACGCUUCUUCUUCUUCUGGAGAUCACCAAAAUGGCCAGACGACAAAUCGGGGACAAGAGUCCUAAACUCCUAAUAGGUUUGCAAUGCUCUCCCAUUCUUUGGGUUGCCUCUAGCGUUUGCAGAGGUCCAAGCAACCAGAGAAAGACUCCUCUCCAGCUUUCUUCUCUACUGCUUCUGAAAGCAUGGGCCCAUUUCUCACUUCCUGUAACACCACCACCACCACCACCUUGUAUUUAAAAGAUUAGCCGUACAAAAGUCGCCGACCUAUCGAAUGAUAGAGCCUUUUCAUACUCUUUUCCUUUCUCCUACACGGUGAUUUAAUAGUAAUCCCUAUUUGAAUACUGAUGCUGGAACCAUGUCUCCUUUCGAACAUGGAGAAGUAUUUGUUCUAGAUGAUGGAGGGGAGGUUAGAAAUGUGCCUCCCUUUUCAUUUUCUUUCGGUAAUUUUAAAUUCUUGGGGCUGCUGCGUGCAGGGUUCCUGUAACAUACUAUUAGUUCAGGUGGAUUUGGACCUUGGAAAUUAUGAGCGGUUUCUAGACAUUAUAUUGACACGGGAUAACAAUAUAACUACUGGGAAAAUUUACCAGUCUGUCAUUGACAAGGAGAGAAGGGGCGAUUAUCUUGGGCAGACGGUUCAGGUCGUACCUCAUAUAACUGAUGCCAUUCAAGAAUGGAUCGAACGAGUUGCUGCUAUACCUGUAGAUGGGAAGGAAGGUCCAGCAGAUGUUUGUGUCGUAGAGUUGGGUGGCACUAUAGGAGAUAUUGAAUCCAUGCCCUUCAUUGAGGCUCUUGGUCAAUUUUCAUACCGUGUGGGUGUUGGAAACUUUUGCUUGAUACAUGUCAGCUUGGUGCCUGUUCUCAGUGUUGUUGGUGAACAGAAAACAAAACCGACUCAACACAGUGUUAGGGGACUAAGAAGCUUGGGUCUGACUCCAAAUAUUUUAGCAUGCCGCAGCACAAUAGAACUUGAUGGAAAUGUAAAAGAAAAACUUUCUCGCUUUUGCCAUGUUCCGAUGGAGAACAUUAUCACAUUGUUCGAUGUUUCCAACAUCUGGCAUGUUCCUCUACUUUUGAGGGAUCAGAAUGCUCAUGAGGCAAUUUUGAAGGUUCUGAACCUCAAUGGUUAUACUAGGGAACCUGUGCUGGGGGAGUGGACAUCUAGGGCAGAUCUCUGCGAUUUAUUGAGUGAACCAGUUCGAAUUGCUAUGGUUGGAAAGUACACCGGACUUGCAGAUUCUUAUCUCUCUGUGCUGAAGGCUCUGUUGCAUGCUUCUGUUGCAUGUCAUAGGAAAUUAUGCGUGGAUUGGGUGCCAGCUGAAGAUCUAGAAGUUUCAACUGCAGAUAAGAAUCUCAAGUCUUACAAAAGUGCCUGGAAAUUGCUCCAGGGAGCUGAUGGCAUACUAGUUCCAGGAGGGUUUGGUGAUAGAGGAGUAGAGGGUAAAAUUCUGGCUGCAAAGUAUGCCCGUGAAAAUAGGAUACCUUAUCUUGGGAUAUGCCUAGGAAUGCAGAUUGCUGUCAUUGAGUUUGCACGAUCAGUACUUGGUCUACGAAAUGCAAAUAGCACAGAAUUUGACCCAAAUACAGAGAACCCCUGUGUUAUUUUCAUGCCAGAGGGUUCUAAAAUCCAUAUGGGAGGAACUAUGCGCCUUGGAUCAAGGAAAACAUACUUUCAUGGGAUGCAAAGUAAAUGUGCAAAACUAUAUGGCAAUAGGAGCUUUAUAGAUGAGAGACAUCGGCACAGAUAUGAGGUAAACUUUAAUAUGGUUCAGCAAUUCGAAGAUGCUGGCCUCUUGUUUACUGGAAAAGAUGAAACCGGUUGUCGCAUGGAGAUAGUAGAGCUGCCUGAACAUCCUUACUUUGUUGGCGCACAAUUUCACCCUGAGUUUAAAUCAAGGCCAGGAAAGCCUUCCCCACUUUUACUUGGACUUGUAGCAGCAGCUAUAGGUCAGCUGGAUGCAGUCUUGAUGAGAAGUGCAACAAAGACAUGCAGGAGGAGCAAUGGUUCGUCACACCUCUAUGAGAAACCGAAGCUAGCAAAUGGGUCUAUGGAUGGCAUUUACUGCAAUGGGAAUGGUUUGCAUGCUUGAUGGAUUAGCAAGCAAAACCUUGAGACAGGCGUAUUCACACCCUCAAGCUGGCUUCAGCGGAUCAUCAUACGGUUCUGGCUAUUAAUGUAUGCAAAGUCCUGUUAGGUUUCGGAUACUGUGGUUCUCAAUGGUGUUUUGCCUUUGGCCAGCUGCCGAAUUCCGAUUUUUGAAGGGAAUAGCUAUAGUUGCAGCGUGGUGCUGUGGGAUAGAGAUCAGAGUUGAUGAUUAUUUUGUUCACUAGUCUUCAUUCUAUUAUGGAUCGUUCCAUUCCAUUCCGAAUUCA